CUGCAAUGACCCUUUCACUUUAUUUGAUUUGAUUUUACCCUCUCUGCCUCGUGGGGUGCAGGUUCUAGGAAUGGUUUAGGACCAUUACUGCCGUUAGACUAUUGCUGUUGGCGCGGCCGAGGAUCUUGAUGUUAGCACUUGCAAAUUUGGCCUUUUCCGGGUUCAACUAAAUAUAUUGCCAUGCCAAGCGUGAGAAAUACUGAUGAAGCAGGAAUUCGAUUACGUUGAGCGAAGGGAAAGUUUGGUGACGAUGUUACUUAAAUGCUAGUCCAUCUUGCGCUCGUGCGCAUUAAUGAUAACCGCCGCACAACAUAUAUGCACGAGUGCUGUAGCCACCACUCUGUUAAUGCUUCUCCUCCUGCUUCCCCUCCUCCUCCUCACUAUGUAUAAUGUUGAGAAGCCUUUAUGAUCCAUUUGAGGCAGCGCAGGCGGGCAAGGGGCACACACACAUGAGAGAAGCCUCGACGAGGGCAAAGGGGGCCACAAUAACCCAAGACUGUUCAGCCUAAGAACCCCAUCACCGAAUCUCCAAGACAAGCCCAUCACAGAAUCCCCAAGGCACUAAAUCGCCAAGGCAAGCCACAAAGGCAAGCCAUCCCAUCCCGAAAUUCUAUCCUUCCUUCGGCUUGGCGUCGAAAUUUCGUCGGGGCAUCACAAGCACGACUUGCACUGCCCCGGUCGGCGUUCCCCAUCCUUGCCACUGUCACCUGUCACAACUUCAGUAGUUCCACACACAUGUAUGACUGACUGACGACGCCGCCGAACCAGCGCACACCCUCUCUACGUCCUAGCUCCCGCUGUCUGACACCCGCCCCGCCCGCCACAAUGAGGUCAGCACCUGCCCUGGCGUCUGCCGUCCUCCUCGCCCUCCUCACCCUCGCCAGCGCCGCCAGCUGUCCUGGCUCCCAGGCAUGCUGUGGGCUUCAGGGCAUCGUCUCCCCAACAAAGCUGUGCAAUAGCAAGAAGGAUGGAACCGGGGAGAUAAUGCGCGGGCCUUGUGCAGCCCAACCGUAUGAUACGGUGGAGUAUAAGCCGUAUGUGAGGGGAGCGUAG